CAGCUGAUUCGUGACGUUAAACACGGAAGGCGGAACUUGACAGCAAAACAUGGUACAUUUACUUGGCAAAUUACCUUCUGAAGAAUGUCCAAAAGUCAUUAGAAAGUUCAUGGCUUGAGUGAUCAUCUGAGGGAGCUAUUACACUGGGUGGUAGACGGUGUGUGUGGGCGGGAGCCCCCUCGGAUGGCAGACUACGGUAAUACGUGGACCCUUGUAGAAUGGAUGGAGCUCCUCGACUCUCUCUCCUCUCUGUUCCGGCUCGCCGUGGGUAAGAAGACCCCAGACGAAGAGGUGCUGGCAUCGUUGGCAGACGUGGGCAGUGGGUAUGGGGAGGCUGUGCUGACUGUCCUGAGGGCCAGACGAGAGGAGAUCCGUCAGGCGCUGGUGGAGAGGACCAAUAAUGUGUCCAGCUCUACCCUCCAGGAUUUUGACUGGCAGAUAAAGCUGGCAUUGUCCAGCGAUAAGAUCUCAUCUCUCCAUACCCCUUUACUCAACCUCCGUUUGGAUGUGAAGGAGAAUGGUGCCCUGAAGCCUCUGUCUGUCGAGAUGAACAGAGAGGAAUUACAAACACUCAUCAGCUCAUUGGAGGCUGCCAAUAAGGUGGUACUACAGCUGAAGUGAUGGCGUCGAUGGACAUUUCACUGUGCCCUUUUAUUUAUGGCUCUUAUUAAGGGGAUGUGUUAUGUCAUCAUAGAGGGACACUGAGCUAUGAUGCAGGGAAAUAACUCUUAGCCUUCAACCCACUAGGCACUGAUUCCUUACACCUCGAUCACACCUACAGCGUCAUUGCACAAAAUAGUACACAGCAUCAUCUGGAUAUGUGUACAACAAAAGUUCAACAUUCACCUUCUACACAUAUAAUUUGAUGCAUACGUUCGAUAAAUCUAACGCAUGCACCACACAGAACGCACUGCAACUGCCUCUGCAACACAAUGCUGCAAGGCACAUGCAGUGUUCCAUUGGAAAUGAAUGUACUUCUGGUGUACCAAAACGCAAUGAUGCUGUCUGUGUGAUCGAGGCGUUACACUUCACCUCUAAUGGGUACUCGAUCACUCCCCUAAUGAAUUCAAAAGCAUUGAAUUUGUGUAAGCAUGGGAUAGUGGGUGUUGCACCAUAUUCCUUUUAUUCCAUUUCUUUUAAAUCCAUGAGGGGGAGUGAAUGAGUGCACAUUUUGGGGAGAAGGUUAGAGAAUCUUACUGCAGCCUGAGAUAUAUUCCCAAGACUGCAGCAGUCUUUUUUUUGUACUUGUUGUUUUGCUGUUUUUUGUUGUUGGUUGUAAUCCAUUCCAUUACUGUAUAAAAAAAUAUGAAUGUUUAACCUU